AUAGAUUGAUACAAAGAAUGUUUUUCUCGAAACUCCUCAUCUUCAUUAAUCUGGAUAUUUUCUUUAUUGUUGUCACUGGAUCCCCGUCUUGUCCCCAUGGUUGGUAUCAACAUGGAUCCUCGUGCUAUGUAUUCAUUGAUGGCGUCCUAAACAGCUGGACUGAAGCCAUGUCGUUUUGUAAGGGACUCUCUGCUAAACUGGUGGAAAUAGAGACGCGGGAUGAAAAUGAUUUCCUGCAGCAGCAUCUACAAAACAUGGUACAUAGUCAUAACUACUGGAUUGGUUUAACAGACGCGAUUGUUGAAAAUGAAUGGUUAUGGAUGUCUACUCAGAAAGAAGCUCAAUUCACUAACUGGGGUCUCUUCCAGCCUGAUAAUGCCCAAAACAUGGAGGACUGUGCUGACAUUGCGUCUUUCUUUCCACACGGCGUCUGGAAUGAUGAAGAUUGUGACGCCAAGCUUCAUUUCAUUUGUGAAAAAGACUUGACAAGUACAACGCCUCUUCCAGUUGGUAAUCUUGUUGGUUAA